GAUGGCGGCGGAAUGCAUGAAUUCGAAAUCAUAACAAAGAAGUAGCUUGCUCAACAUAAGCAACUCUACAUAAUUUCUCCUCAGGAUAGUGAAGAAGUGGCUACGGGUGUGGAUUAAAAAUGACAUGUAACUGUAAAUAUAAUGCAUCUAGCCCGUAAGUAGCAUAGCAUUUCAAAGAAGUGGGCUACUUACAGACACUGAGGCUGGCAAAUUUAGCUAGUUCGUUAGCUAGAUUAACCUUAGAAGAACUCAGUAACGUUACUAACAAAUCAGUGAGCUGACUUUGGAUAGUAUUGGGCUAAUGCAUGCAUGUAUUUUCGCACUAUCUGGGAUUGUUGAUUUGUUAUUGUUAAUGGAUUUCCAAUAGUUUUUCAGUCUAUAGUUAGAAACUACUGACAGUUACCACAGGUGGGAUGCUGGGACACGAUACACACCUGUAUCUGCAGAACUUUCAUUCCGCAACAGUGCAAAUGUAGCUCUGAGAUACGUUGGGAUGCUGAUCAGAAACCUUCAGAAAAUUCAGUUAGAACGUGCAAUGGUUGAAGAAACCACUCUGGAGGAAAGUUUCGCAAACACCUUUUCAGUCACCUCAUAAAAAUAUCAUCAUGAGUAGCAAAAGAAAAAGAGCACCACCAGUCAAGGUGGAUGACGAGGCAAAGAAGAGACUGAACUGGAAUAUGCAUGAGGACCGGAGGAACGAGGUAGAGUGUGAGUUAUCGACACAGAGUUCCGAUGUCAUAGCAGAAUGUUUACCCCUCUCCAUUGAGGAACCUAGUUGUUCGAAAUCUUUUCGCGUUGUUGUCGAAGAGCCAGACGAGUCAGAGGUAGCACUCUCUGAGGACGCCCUCAUCGGUUCCAGUUAUAAUGCUCCCUCUAUAAGUGAAGAGAUUCCUGGCCCUAGCGUCAGCUAUACACCUCGAAUUAAGCAUGGCUCGGAGCCGGGUAGCGCGACCAAGACUGUCACAAAUGAUACCGUUGUCCUACCCCUAAUUAACCGCGAAUUGGAUGAAACGUGGUAUGUACAGAUCGGAGAGUUUAACCUCCGUGCCCAGUCCCCACUGGUAGUGGAGGCUAGUCAGAAGUGGACACUUCAGAGGACUGGUGGCAGGUUGUGCUUGUGUGCGUCUGGUGAUCAGGAGGAUGGGUACUUUGAUGUGGAGGAGCAGAGCCUGGAGUACAUGUGCCCAGUGGAAGCAUCUUUGGGCAGGUUAGAGUUGGAGGAGUUGGACUGGCUUCAAAAGAGGAGGAUCGCCCAGCUUGGUCUCAAGCCUGAAGAGGAAUAUAUUAAGCUCCCAGUCUAUUUGCUGGAGGCUGGAUUAAGCCAUCCUGAGUUCCUCAGUGAAGGCAGUGGCCGCAUGAAGAAGGCAAACCAGCUGAUCCAGAAGCUCAUGGAGCACUUUUAUGACUUCAUCAUUCCAGAGGUGAUGGAGGAUGCGGAGGACGAUGACGACAUAGACCUUGAGCGACAGAACGUGGAGGAGCUGUACGACAGCGUGCGCCAUCAGCACCAGCGUGAGGUGGAGGGCGAGGGCUUGGACGUGCAGCAUGAGGCCCUGGUGCCUGUGCUGAGACCCUACCAGAGUCAGGCGGUCAACUGGAUGCUCAAAAGGGAGAAGUACAACAGCAGUGCCUCUGAAGCAGAUCAACCAUCAUUACAUUUCCUGUGGCGUGAAAUUGUGACUCUGUGUGGAAAGAAACUGCACUACAACAUAUACACAGGCUGUUUGAUCCUGGAGUUUCCUCAGGCUGGGCCAGACUGGCCAGGGGGUAUCUUGGCGGACGAGAUGGGUUUGGGGAAGACUGUGGAAGUGCUGGCCCUUAUUUUGUUCCAUACAAGGCAGGGCCUGGAGAACAGCGCCCCCUCUCUGCCUGAGGGAGUGAAAGUAAACUACUUUGUGCCUCCCCCACCACCGGAGGAGAAAAAUGGCACACCACGCAAGCGUGAGCCCCUACCCAAGGAGAGAAUCUCUUACCCUGCUGUUCGUGUGAUGAUUCUCACUGCCAUCAAAGAGAUGAAGGUGGGUAAAGGAGCCUCUAUCAAUGCCAUCUUCGCCUAUCUUCGCACGAUGUUCAGGUACGACCCCAUAAAGAACCGCAGUCACAUCAAAAAGAGCCUCGCCAAGCUCAUCAGCGAGGACCUCGUGGAGCAGGUCAAAGGUCGAGGCCUGGGAGGGUCCUUCAAGUUUGGGAAGAAGUACAAGGACACAAAGAAGAAGACACCAGUCAAGCAAAAGCCUCAGAGCUCCGAUGGGGAUGUCACUCCUCGGAGAACAUCACGCAGACGCUCUGCUCGGGACAUGGAUGCUGUGGUGACCUCUGACCUCGCUGGAGAUCUAGACACAGACACAGCCCCUGUCCCAGAAGCUCAGGAAACCAAAAAGGAGAAAGACUCGACCAACCAACACCCUCCAGCAGAGAGCACCAAAGACCAGCUCCCUGAAGAGGAGAAGGAGGAGGAGGAGAAGAAGGAGGAUGAGGAGCAGGUGGAGAAAACUGAAGAUGAGUGUCCACCCCCCCAUGAAGAAGUGAAGGACCCCCCACCCCCUACCUCUGUCCCUGAGCCAGACUACCACUUUGAGUGCAUCUGUGGGGAGACAGGUCUACUGGACUACAAGGCUCGUGUCCAGUGCCUGCACUGUCUGCUGUGGCAGCAUGCAGACUGUGUCAACUACAAGCAGGAGAGCCAGGACACCACACCGUUCUACUGCCCGCACUGCCUGGUGGCCAUGCCACCCGUGCGCACCGGUGCCACCCUCAUCAUCUCGCCCAGCUCCAUCUGCCACCAGUGGGUGGAGGAGAUCAACCGCCACAUCCGCUCCUCCUCGCUGCGCGUGCUGGUGUACCAAGGUGUAAAACGGCACGGCUUCAUCCAGCCGCACGUGCUGGCCGAGCAGGAAGUGGUCAUCACCACAUACGACGUGCUGCGCUCCGAGCUCAACUACGUGGACCUGCCCCACAGCAACAGCGAGGACGGCCGCCGCUUCCGCACGCACAAGCGCUACAUGGCCGUGCCCAGCCCCCUGGUGGCCGUGGAGUGGUGGCGCGUCUGCCUGGACGAGGCCCAGAUGGUGGAGUGCACCACUGCUAAAGCUGCUGAGAUGGCCCUGCGUCUGUCCUCUGUGAACCGCUGGUGCGUAAGUGGGACACCUGUGCAGAGGGGAUUGGAAGAUCUUUAUGGCCUGGUGCUGUUUCUGGGUGUUGACCCGUACUGGGUGAAGCACUGGUGGGACCAGCUGCUGUAUCGCCCUUAUCGCCGCGGCAACACCGAGCCCCUCUACAACCUCAUGGGCCGCUUGCUAUGGCGCUCCGCUAAGAAAGACGUCAUCGACCAGAUCCAGAUCCCCCCUCAGAUGGAGGAGAUCCACUGGCUGCGCUUCUCGCCCGUGGAGAGCCACUUCUACCAGCGCCAGCACGAGGUCUGCUCCCAGGACGCCCUGCACAAGCUGCGUAAGAUCUCCGACUGGUCACUGCGCCUGAGCAGCCUGGACCGCCGCACGGUCAGCACCAUCCUGUGCCCGCUGCUGCGUCUGCGCCAGGCCUGCUGCCAUCCUCAGGCCGUCCGUGGAGAGUUCCUGCCUUUCCAGAAGAGCACCAUGACCAUGGAGGAGCUGCUCAAGUCCCUGCAGAAGAAGUGUCGUGUGGAGUGUGAGGAGGCCCACAGGCAGCUGGUGUGUGCCCUCAAUGGCCUGGCUGGUAUCCACAUCAUCAGAGAUGAGUUUGUGGAGGCGGUAGAAAUGUACAGAGAGGUGCUGCGGUCAUCAGAGGAACAUAAAGGCCGACUGAAAACAGACUCCUUACAGAGACUCCAUGCCACACACAACCUGAUGGAGCUGCUCAGUGCAAAGCAUGAUGGGAUACCCCCAACCCUUCGGGAUGACCGACUAAAAGAAGAGGCAGAACAGCUAAGGCAGCACUACAUGACCAAAUCUAACUCCGAGGUGUCGGAAGCUCAGCAGAACCUGCAGCCAGUGCUCCAGAACAUCAAAGAACUCAAACGCAAAGUUAACCUGCGUUCCCCCUGGUGGAUGGAGGUCAUAGCGCAGGCCAUUGAGUACUCCAUGGAUGACGACUUGGUCGGGCGCAUCCAGAAUGAGCUCACCUGCAGCUACAAGCAGGAGGCCAACAAGCUGUCCAUGGCAGACAAGUUCCGAGACGGCCGCGGCCUGCAGUUUCUGCUCACCACCCAGAUGGACGACCUGCUCAAGUCUCAGAAGGUGGUGCAGGAUGCGGUCAAGAGGCUGGAAGGCUCGCCCUCACAGGCCAUCAUCGAGGAAGCCACUAUGUGUCAUCUCAGGCCCGUCCGUCUGCCACUCAACAACUGUGUUUUCUGCAAAGCUGACGAGCUCUUCACUGACUACGAAUCGAAGCUGUUCUCUCACACGGUCAAAGGUCAGACGGCCAUCUUUGAGGAGAUGAUCGAGGACGAGGAGGGUCUGGUGGACGACCGCCUGCCCACCACCAGCCGCGGCCUGUGGGCAGCCAGCGAGACGGAGAGAGCCCUCAAGGCCAUCCUGGCGUUCGCCCGUGCGCGCCGCCUGGACGCCCAGCUGCUAGAGGAGGCCAGCACCUUCAUGGAGCUCUUCGAGUCCUGGAAGAAGGAGUACAAGGUACUGCAUGAGUACUGGAUGACCCUGCGGGACCACGUGUCGGCCAUCGAUGAGCUGGGCAUGGCCACCGAGAGGCUGCGUGUGCGUCUGCCCGACGAGCCCAAACAGAAGGUCCUGCACAUCAUAGAACCACACGAGGUGGAUCAGAACCGAGUCAAGCUGCUGAAUGACCGGGCCGUGGCCAGAUCCCAGCUGCAGAAGAAGCUCGGUCAGCUACUCUACCUCACCAACCUCGAGAAGUCUCAGGAUAAAUCAACAGGAGGGCUCAACCCAGAGCCAUGUCCCAUCUGUGCCCGUUCCCUUGGACAGGAGUGGGCUGUGCUGACCUGUGGCCACUGCUUCUGUAACGAGUGCAUCGCCAUCAUCAUGGAGCAGUACAGCGUGGGCUCUCGCCGCAGAGCCAUCAAGUGCGCCAUCUGCAGACAGACCACCUCCCACACCGACAUCUCCUACGUGUUCACCACCCAGAACAACGGCGCCGGAGAGGACAUCCCCGUCAAGGGCAGUCACUCCACCAAGGUGGAAGCUGUGGUCAGAGUCCUGAAGAAGAUUCAGAUGACGGACCCAGGAGCCAAGUCCUUGGUGUUCUCCACGUGGCAGGGGGUGCUAGACAUCAUCGCCAAAGCGCUUUUUGACAACAACCUGGAAUUCUCCCAGAUCAAUGGCAUCCACAAUUUUCAGAAAAACCUGUGUUCUUUCAAGUACGAGGAAAAGGUCAAUAUCCUGCUGCUGCCACUUCACACUGGCUCCAACGGGCUCAACAUCAUUGAGGCAACUCAUGUGCUAUUGGUGGAGCCCAUACUGAAUCCGGCCCAUCAGCUGCAGGCUAUUGGCCGUGUGCACCGCAUUGGCCAGACAAAACCCACCUUUGUGCACAGGUUCCUCAUCAGGUCAACCAUAGAGGAGAAGAUGCAGGCCAUGCUGAAGACUGUUGAGAAGAGCCACACCGCCGCCGCCACCAUGAAGCAUUCUGAAGCGUCCGUCUUCACUGUAGCUGACCUGGCGGAGCUCUUCACGGAGGAUGCAGAGGAGCGUGAGAGCCUGGAGGACUGAAGAAAAGGAAAGAGAGAGAGAAAGAGAGA